AUGAUUGUGGUUUCCCAUGGAGCUGAAAGGCAAGUGCCUUUAAAGUCCACCUUGUCAGUUGAACCAGUUCACAAGAUGAAUCGCCAACAGUAUCGAAGUCUGUUAAAGAAGAUGUGCAUGCCUGUUGUGAGAGGUCCUGAGAACAGACAUAGCUUUUCCAGCUUUGAAGAGAAAAACAGUAAUUCUUUCCUUAAAUUCAAUCCAUUCACCCCUCCAGUAGGGCCAAAUUACCCUUUAUUCCCACACUGGGAUAAUGUGCCUUUAGUAGAUCCCUGCUCAGGUUUUGUGAGUCCAGGAGCAGAUGGACUGCAGCCCAAUGUUGGAAGAGCUAUUGAAUCUCUGGUAGACUACAGUGAUGUGAAACCUCACCAGCGGGUCCCUAUCACAGGAAAGAGAGGCCAGCCUGCCCACAGGAGGCAGAUGAUCCUCCUGGAGGAAACCAGCUAGGACAGAAGGUGGAACUCCAGGGCUGUGUCAGCUGCUUCUGUAAGGGCACAACUCAAAGGUUGGAGAACUCCAGUGAAAGUUGCUCCUGUUCUACCUGACCAAAACAAUAUUUUUGCUUUUUGUAUGGAUCCUGAUCUAAAGGAGUCAAGUGAUCCUUCUGCAAGGUGAAGAGAAGAAAAAGCAAGGGACUAUUUCUACAAGUCAAAUACUGAAACUUAUGAAGAAGUUGCUUGGGAUAAUAUGUUACCUUCCAAAAUCCAGCCUCCAGAAUCAACAGUGGAAAUGUCGGCUGAUCCUGUUUCCCAGUGUUUCACAAAAAAGAGAUACAAUCCUGAACCUGAAAUAAGCCAAGUUGUUGGAGGCUUCUGGGACAGAUUUCAAACAAGAUCUUUUAUCUCUCCACAGAGACCUGUUGAUUUUGUAAGCUGAAGCUCUUGAACCUGUCGUACCCCUUGGUAUACUGGCUGUGGUGCAGUAAAUUUUGAAGACAUUGACAAUGCCAAUGUAGACUUAAUCCCACUUAACCACGUGCAAACUUCAAAGCCUCACUACACAAGCACUGCACACACUCCAAAUAUCCGUGGAUACACUGGCAAGGUUCAUUGGUCAGUAACUCACCCGGCAAAUUCUAAUCUUCCAUCAACAGCCCCAUCAAUAAUAAUUGCACGAAUGCAUAGAUACAUAGCAAAACAUGGAAGCUUGUCUUAGUAUAAUCACCAGGGACCUUUUUCUCAAGUGGUGACUCCAGUUAGUCCUCAGAAUUCUUUCAACAAGAUAGAAUGA